GUGUAGAGUCAGCACACAAGGAGCAGGCAGUUUGUAUGGUGACAAAUUGUUUUACACAACUGAAGGUCUUUUUGUGAAAUCAUCAUGAUUACUCAGAAUACGUUCGUUUUAGUGCUCCUGAGUCUGGCUGGGUGUGCAGGAACUUCUGUAACCAGUGACAAAUUUUAUUACGAUUACAACUCUCUUCGCAUUGGGGGACUGGUCUUUGCUGGAUGUAUGCUGGCGAUUGGAGUGGGCGUGUUCCUCUCCGAUUUCAAAUUUUUUAAAUCCAGAAAAUUAGCACCAGCAACUCUACAACAGAAUAUAACACAUUAGGACAUGAAAUAAAGCCAAAGAAAGAAGAGACAACACUUGAUAAACUACUGUCCAUUGUUGUCAACAUCAGAGCGAGAACUCCAGUAAUGGCGCCGAGCAAUAAAUAUAGUAGUGAUAUGGCAUAAAGUGCCACUGUGGUGAGAAGUGUCGACACUACACACCAAGAAGGAGCAUGAGAACAUUCUUCUGUUGCUAAGUAAUCCCCAGUAUAAAAUACGGAAUCUAAAGCCUCACUUUGGACUUGUAAAUUUCUCCAUUCUAAAGUGUUCACUAUUCUAUUUCCCUUACAGUUCUUUCCUAAAUACAUGUUAUAAGGCAGCAGCACCUAACAACAGGCUUAUUAAAUCUUGAAAGGACAUUAAAGGGACAUAAUACUCAUAUGCUAAAUCACUUGAAACUGAUGCAGCAUAGCUGUAAAAA